AUGGCGAAGACUGCCCUGGGUCAUUUUCCUUACCCAGAAGUUGUGAAUAACUAUGACGAAUUUGUCGAGAUACUGUCACGCAAGCUGUCUUCUGAUAUUGAGAGUGAGAUUGUCAAGGAUCAUGGCGGUACCUGUGACAAUACUACCGAUAGUUUGUACCACCUGAAUCUGGACGAUCUUAUAAAGUUUGACCCUGAUACCUACCUUGAAGAUAUACAUAUGACCGUACCAUUCCGUCAUCGUCCUUACGUAUAUCGUUCUAAAGCUGUAUAUCACAUCGAUUUAACUAGGGAACAUGGUUCCUGUUACCGUAAAUUUGGUUAUACAAGAUCCCAAGGUUCCGAUGAUUAUGCCAAAGAUAAUGAUGACGAGUAUUUCGGAUAUGCUAGUGACGAGACUGCUACUGUUAAAGAGCGCUAUAAGUAUGUGCUGCCGAGGGACGAGGAUGCCCCCGCUCUGUGUGACGCCGUAACUGUCGACAAUGGUGACGACUGGUUGGGUGUCUUUGAAUGGACCGAUUUGGUCCAUCGUAUCAACAAGGAGGUAUUUGGUAACGCAACGUUCCGUCCGAAGCAGCUGGAGGCCAUUAACUGCAUACUGAGUGGUCGUGAUACUUUCAUAGUGAUCCCUACUGGUGGUGGUAAAUCACUUUGUUUCCAGUUACCCGUGGUCUAUGACGCUACAAUGGGUAACGGCGGUGUUACUGUGGCUAUUGUGCCGUUAGUAUCGCUAAUACAGGAUCAAAUGAAGAGGUUAACUGCACUUGGUAUACCAUGUCACGCUCUAAUUGGUGAGCUUAGUCGAUCAGAGCGUGAUUUGGUGUUCGGUGAUAUGCGCCCUGAGAACUACACCUCUUUUAUAUUAUUCAUUACACCGGAACGUUUGACAAGCUCAAAAGUGUUACUUGCUGCUUUGAGGGAUUUGGAAAAGCAGAACCGCCUUGCUCGAUUUGUAAUUGACGAAGCUCACUGUGUGAGUCAAUGGGGUAAUGAUUUCAGGCCAGAUUACAAAGCGAUGGGACUAUUGAAACAUGAAUUUCCAAAAGUACCCGUCUGUGCACUGACUGCCACAGCUACUCCACAGGUAAUCGGUGAUGUUUGCAAUGAGCUCAGGCUGAAAUCACCUACCUUAUUAAAAUCCAACUUCAAUCGGCCUAAUCUUUGCUAUGAAGUUGUGAACAAGGAUCGUAACGUGGAUAAUGCGAUAAAGCAGCUCAUUGAGCUUUUGAAGACGCGAUUUGAGGGGAAGUGCGGGAUUAUAUACUGCCUCAGCUGUAACGAGGUCGAGAAGGUAACGCAGGAGCUGGGCAAACAUAUUAAAGUAGCUCCAUACCAUGCCCAGAUGAACAUGAAUCUGCGUACAUCAUAUUAUAAUGAAUGGAUAUCUGGAUCUAUUGAUAUAAUGGUAGCCACUCUUGCAUUUGGUAUGGGUAUUGACAAGAGUGAUGUCCGUUUUGUGAUACAUUUUUCAAUGCCCAAAUCUAUUGAGAACUAUUUCCAAGAAUCUGGUCGUGCUGGUCGAGAUGGUGAAACUGCAUGGUGUAUCAUUAUGUAUCUUUUUCAUGACUCCCGGAGGCUGCUCACGCUGAAUAUGCAACGUACCACAGCACUCGCCCCUCAACAGGAGCAGGUGAUCCGCAACAAUAUCUUAAGUGUCGUCAUUUACUGCGAGAACUCUCACCAGUGUCGUAGAAAGGUGCUUUUGGAAUAUUUUGGGGAGAAAUUACAAGGGCCAUGUGAUGUUCCCUGCGAUUCGUGCUCCGUAGAUCGAGAUGCGAUGUUCGUGGCUCGUAACUUCCAGACAGAGGCGACUCAGAUAUGCAACGGGCUCUUCCAGGGUAGCCGUAAUGGUGAUAAGAGCAAUAACGCUUAUACAAUGAUAACCCUUCACAAACUGCUUUUACAGCGUAAAAGUGACCCUCACAUGCUCUCAGGUUACCUCCGUAAUAUGGGUUUUACCAAAGAUUCUGCAAUGUACCUGUUGAAAAGGAUGGUUAUGCAUCAACUGCUUAUCGAGAGGGUUGUCCGUACGGCUAAUCAGCAAUUUCCAUCAUUUUAUAUACGUGUUAACCCGCAAUAUCGUCUACAUCUCCAUUUUAUGUGCGCAUUGAGGUUCCCCGUUGACCUUGACCCAUUGAAAAUACCUGAUGAGCCGGUAACUAGCAAGAAAAGCUUGUCCAAAGAGUCUAAACCCAAAGUUGUUAGAGCUAAGGCUACAGACGGCAAGAGAGCUCCAAAGGCCAAACAACCUGUCAAAAAACCAACUACCCGUGCAAAAAAUACGAACAAGGGUUCUGCGAAAUCUAAAUAG